AUGCUCACCUCAGUAACCAGGGCUGCUAGCGCUCGACGAGCCGUCGCCGCCGCUUCCCGGCUCGCCUGCCGCAAUGGCGUCCAGAUGAGAACCUUCAUCGCCCCGACCGUUUCCCGAAGAGCCGACUUCGUCCAGGAGCUCUACCUCAAGGAGCUCAAGGCCUACAAGGCCCCUCCCGUCAAGGACUCCGACGCCACCGGCCAGGUCGCGACCUUCUCCGUGCCGAAGACCCCCAAGUCGCCCGAGGAGGCGGACCUGGCCUCCUCGCUGAAGGAGUACGAGAGCAUGGCUGUCGAGGUCGAGGGCCAGGAGGGCGCCGCCGCCGGUGCGGCCCCGGCCGUCGUCGAGGACUGGCUGGUCGAGGAGGAGGAGGAUGACCACGCCCACGGCCACUAA